AUGUGGAGAGGGAUUGUGUCCUACUGGAGGUAUCUGAUCACCUUGCUCAUCCCUCUCCUGUUUCUCCCCCUGCCUCUGGCUGUUCCUGGCAAGGAAGCACAAUGUGCUUACACCAUCAUCUUGAUGGCGCUCUUCUGGUGCACGGAAGCACUGCCGCUGGCGGUCACAGCUCUCCUGCCGGUUGUAUUCUUCCCACUCAUGGGCAUCAUGGACUCCUCAAAGGUGUGCAUGGAGUAUCUGAAGGACACCAACAUGCUCUUUAUUGGGGGGCUGAUAGUGGCCAUCGCUGUUGAGCACUGGAAUCUGCACAAGCGCAUUGCCUUGCGGGUCCUUCUGAUGGUGGGAGUCAGGCCUGCCUUGCUUCUGAUGGGCUUCAUGGGGGUCACCGCCUUCCUCUCCAUGUGGAUCAGCAACACAGCCACCACGGCCAUGAUGGUGCCCAUUGCACAUGCCGUCCUAGAGCAGCUGCACAAGACGGAGCUGGAGAGGAUCGCCGCCGAGCAGGUGGCCGUCAAGAAUGGGACUGCCAACGGAGGCUUUGAGUUGCAGGAAGGGACCCCUCCGCCAGCUUAUGAAGAUGUGGUGACCGUGGAGAAAGAGAAUGAGCCAGUCAACCAACAGCAGCUUGAACAGAAGCAUCAGACUUUUUCCAAAGGAAUGAGCCUCGCGGUGUGCUACUCGGCCAGCAUCGGUGGGAUCGCGACCCUAACAGGCACCACCCCCAACCUGGUGCUCAAGGGACAGAUGGAUGACCUCUUUCCUCAGAAUGGCAACGUGAUCAACUUUGCCUCCUGGUUCAGUUUUGCUUUCCCAACCAUGGUGCUUCUUCUGGUGCUCUCCUGGCUGUGGCUGUUCCUGAUAUUCCUGGGCUUUGACUUCAGGAAGAGCUUUGGCUGCGGCGUCAGUGAGUCAGACAAACGGAAGUCGAAAGUGGCCUACCAGGUGAUCAGGAGCGAGUACCGGGCGCUGGGCCCAAUGAAAUUCUCCGAAAUCACCAUCCUCAUCCUUUUCAUCCUCCUGGUGCUGCUCUGGUUUACCAGGGAGCCUGGUUUCAUGCAGGGCUGGGCAGAUCUCGCCUUCGACGUAGGAGGGAAAAGCUACGUCACAGAUGCUACCGUGGUCAUCUUCAUUGCUCUGCUGCUGUUUCUGCUUCCCUCCGAGGUACCCAGCUGUUGCUCCCGAGGGAGAACCCAGCAAGAAGGCGGGCCAAAGCGGAUGCGGGCCCCCCCACCCCUCCUGGACUGGCAGACGGUCAACCGGAAGAUGCCCUGGAACAUUGUCAUCCUCUUGGGAGGCGGCUUCGCCUUGGCCAAAGGCAGCGAGGCUUCUGGUCUGUCCAGAUGGCUGGGAACCAAGCUGACCCCUUUGCAGAACAUCCCUGAGCCGGCCAUCUGUUUCCUCUUGAGCCUCUUGAUUGCCGUCUUCACCGAGUGUACCAGCAACGUGGCCACAACAACCCUCUUCCUUCCCAUCCUGGCUUCCAUGGCGCAGGCAAUCUGCCUCAACCCCUUGUAUGUCAUGCUGCCAUGCACACUCUCUUCCUCCUUGGCAUUCAUGCUCCCGGUGGCGACCCCUCCCAACGCCGUCGUCUUCUCCUAUGGACAACUCCGAGUCAUAGACAUGGUCAAGGCUGGCAGUAUGCUGAACGUGUUGGGAGUGCUGACCAUCACUCUGGCCAUGAACACCUGGGCCUUCUCCUUGUUUGAUCUAGGCAACUUCCCAGCUUGGGCCAACACCACCUCAGAUGUUCACUGCUGA